AUGAUCAAUGAAAUAUUUUUUCAGAAUUCUCCAGCACGGGAGACUUUUGCUGAAAUGAAGGAAAUUAGAUGGAAAAGAAAACAAGGAUUCAGUUAUCUGCUGGACAACGCUUUCACAAACCUAGCAGAACUAACGCUACCUCACGGACCACUCGAUCAUCUCACUACGGCUUUAAUUUGGAUUAUUUGGUGA